AUGGCAAGGAAUCUGAAACUGUGCCAGGCAUACUGUGACCAUACAGGCCUCAGUAUUAACACAGGGAAGACAAAGGGAUUCCACUUUACAUUUAAAAGGAAGACCUUCUUAUACAACCACUUCACAAACUGGAAGCUGAGAAAUGAAUCCAUAGCCUACAUACCCCCAAGCGACCUAGAGAGGUACCUGGGUGCCCGUAUUGAUCUGUGGGCAGAUGUGACAAAAGGGGACUGGGCGAAGAAGCCUAAGUCCUGGGUUAAAGGAAUACAGGCAGCACCACUCCGACCGCGACAGCGCAUCUCAGACUACCCUCAAAACCUGGACCAAAUAAUCUGUAACGCCACCAAAGAAUUCCUAUACCUCCCACCUCAUACCGCUGAUGGAGUCCUGUAUACCAGCAACAGGAAUGGCGGUCGAGGCAUCCCAAAACUGGAGGUGCAGAUUCCAUCCGUGAUUGUUCGCAAACGCGAGGCCCUUGAGAUGUCCAGUGAUGUGGUAAUUCAGGCCUCCUUUCAGUAUAAAGGAGAGUGCAACACAGAUACCGUUGUGGAACUGCGAGAGCUCAAGGUCCUCAAAGAAAUUGAAAAUUUCCUACCUAGCAGCCGUAACGACGGCGAGGGGGAAAUGGACCUGAUGACUGACAUCCAAGACAUCAUGCCAGCACUCCAGCGACAGAAACCGCCCAACAGUGCUCGCAUAAAACGCCAUAACAAGAUCGCUGACCAGUUGCAAAUUCAUGUCAGUAAGUAUGGCUGGACAUCGUACGUGGAGCCCAGAUUGCUCGCAAAAGAUGGCUCCCUAUGGAAACCCAAUCUUAUAUUUAGAAAAGAUCAAAAGAUCGCGGUAGUAGAUGUCACAGUGCAGUACGAGAAUGACAAGUUUUAUCACCGACAAGAAAUGUUGAUGAGAAAUCAAAUGAUGCUAACGAACCCUCAGGGGCAGUUGAUGGAUCCCAGACAGCAGAAGAUUCAAACUCUUGGUGUCCACUUUGAACCACGGCUCCUCGACAGGAGCAACUUGGCUACUUCUGAAAUCCUUAGUUCACCUGAAACACGGCAAAUCCACUUGGGCUCCCAACUUGGAACAUCACUCCAAACAAGUGUGAUUCACAAUCGCACCUACCCAGGGGCAGCAAUGGAUUCAAUGCUCAGACACCAAGAACCGAUUCACAAGCAGAAUCUGGUUAGGCUGGAAGUGGAUGCAUUACUCCAUCAGAAGGUGCUGGAGAACGCUCAUCGAAAAUGACCAUUGAGAGUGGAAGUGCCUUUCCUUUGUCCUGUCAUUUCAACAGAUGCCAAUGCAUAUCACAACAGAUACAGGCUACCCAAAGGUCAACAAACCAGUGAAGCAUUCCUCCAUCAAAAUGCAUUGGGCAACAUUAGUGUCGAUAAUAGCCUGUUGGUAACAUCCAAUCCAUAUCCUCUGAUUAAUACAUUGUGCAAAGAUAGGAAUCGGAGAGGCAUAAAAAGAGUGGCCACUCAGAAGAAUGCAGAUGAUAAUUAUAAGCUGAACGGCACCUCAGUAACAGCAGUGGAAGGAAAGGAAAUUGGAUGCGAAAAUGAGUCAAAGUUUUGUCUUUCACCUAAACCAAACCAAAACAAAAUGGACACAAACUUACUAUGCCCUUUUGGAUUAAUUAGUGGUUAUAAAGAGAGUAAGCAAAGAUUGAGAAAACAUGGCAGUAGCAAUGAGAAAUUAUUAGAGACCGACAAUGGUAAUACUUCUUACACUGGAACUGAGAAGGAUAUGUUCAAAAGCUGUGCCACAUAAGUAUAUAUUCCCUUCAUCAUUGCCUCUGCCAGCAAUACCUUGCUGAUUUCAGAUACAGGAAGAACAGUAAUGAAAUCAGGACCCCAUACUGUCAUCUUACCAGAAGAAGAUGAAAACAUUCAGAAGUGGACAGUGGAUGAUGUUUACAAGUUUGUCAGCCUCUUGCCAAGUUGCUCAGAUUAUGCUCAGACCUUCAAAGAUCAUACUAUUGACGGGGUGACUCUUCUUCUUCUCACUGAAGGACAUCUUCUGGAUACAAUGGGUCUGAAGCUGGGUCCAGCUUUGAAAAUCCAAUCACAGGUGUCUCGACAUGUAGGGAAUGCAUUGUAUGUGAUGAACUCUGCAGUCUCUGCACCCCUGCAAAGUGCUUUUGGUGAAACGGUCAAUCAGAUGUCAGAUGGAAUUUCACCCAUAGCAUCUGCUGGAGGUGAUGACCUGUGGAGAAGUCCAGGUGGACGAGACCAGGAGAAGUUCAAGGCUUCGGAACAGAGUACAGUGGAAACACUAGACAAAACACCUGAUGAGCAACGUCAUUUACAGGGUUCUGAAACAGUCUAGGUUGAAUUGUUUGAGCUAGAUUCAAUGUGUAUAUCUCUUGAGUUUUGUGAUACUUUUGUCAGAAAGCAAUAUUAAUCUUAAAUUGUAAAUAAGCUACUUGUACGUGUGAUUCGGUGAGUAAUAGCUAUUGGACCCCAGAAGUUUAAUGCCCUUUCAUUUGAAAAAUUGCAAAUAAUUUCACAUGGUACAGAAA